ACUAUAAGCUUCACAUGCCAGCAGUUCUGCUGCAGAGAUAAUUGGGUAUAGCAGACUGUAACGACAGCUACAUAGAGACAAUAGAAAUGGAUUCCAAAUCUUCGGGACCAGCACCUGGCUGCCCAGCACUUGAAAAUAUUCCUUCAGGAUUGGCUGUUUUUAGAACAAUACCAUAUGCCUUAAUCUUGCCAGAGCUGAUCUUUGGCUGCUGGGUUUGGAUCCUUGUAGCUGCUACCACGGUGUAUUUCCCUUUGCUGCAAGGAUGGGUUAUGUAUGUCUCGGUCAGCUCCUUUGUCAUCUCCUUCCUGCUCCUCCUGAGCUACCUGUUUGGCUUCCACAAAAACUUUGAAUCCUGGAGAAUACUGGAUAGCCUUUACCAUGGAGCCACUGGCAUUUUCUACCUGAGUGCUGCUGUGUUGCAGGCAAACGCAACAAUCCGUUCAGAGACAGAAGUGCUAUCAGAAUACAACCCUCGCUAUUAUCAGCUCAACGUUGCAGCCACGUUCUUCGCCUUCAUCACUACACUGCUGUAUAUUUUGCAUGCCUUCAGCAACUACUACCAUUGAAAUGACAUGAGCCAGAGUUUAUAUUCCAGAACAAACAGCUAACAUUUAAAAAGAUAAUUUAGUUGCAACUGAAUUCACCCAUCAGCUAGCACCAUCUCAUUUUAAGUGAAAGAGAUACUUGUUAAAACCUGUAUUUUGCUUAUUUUUACCACACUUCUAAGUUCUGUAUGAAAAUCUACUCAAACUAAUCAAACCUUGAUUUCUCAUGCCUGCAAUUACCCCAAAUCAUAAUUUUUCCCUCUGGUUUUGUUCUGUAAAGCCUCUAUAAAUAAUGUACAUUCAUAUAAAACAGGGGGACUUUUGAACCUUGUGUCUUCACAUCAGUUUUCUGUGGAGGAAUUCCUGUUGG